AUGAAGCGCAUGUCCAUGCACCACGUCCCGAGUCUCACCCAGCUGGCCAACGCGCCGCCUCCCCCGCCGCUCGAGCACCGAGAACACUCCAGAUCCCCAUCGAUGAUACCCCGAAAGGCAUCUGCCACGCCAUCAUCAUCUCGAACGACUCCCGACAUGCACAGAAAAUCGUACAGUUCGGGCUUGUCCAUCACCUCGACCAACAGCUUUAAUACCAUCAGAACCUCGACCGGCUCAUCAAUCCAGCCACGGGCACCCGCCGCGGGAAGUGCGUCGCGUCUGCCAGCCCCCAAGCAAUUUACCCCACAUAACCACAACUCCCAUUCCGCUGAUGACGAGGAGGACGUUCCGCCCGUGCCUGCUAUUCCGAAAGCGUACGAAUCACCACAGCAGUCAGCCACAGAAGGAUCGUUUUUGGACAAGCGGAAAGCCAAUCUUGCUGCGGAUGCUAGCAGCAUCAAUAGUAACUCCACUGGCAGUUUCUCCAUCCCGUCGCUCCCUGAACCCGCUGUCAAGCUGGUACGAAAGCCCAGCACCCGGAAGUCGACGAAUGCAGCAGCCCUGGACGCCGAAAAGAAAGGCAACCCGUCUCAAUCGAGAAAGAACCCUCCUCCUCCUGUGCGGCUGCCCCCAAUUACUGUUGGGCCGCUGAACCCAUCCACGACCGCCAAGAUCGCAGCGUUGGGUCAAAAUGGUCCCGACAGGAACUUAAGCCCGCCACCGUCGCGUAUUACCGCGAAGACGCCCACCACCCCCAUGACCGCGUCUAAGAGCUCCUUCUUCUCCAGGAACCGACAAGACGAUAAGUCGGACUUCAGCCUGCGAAGCAGCAGUACUGUCCACCACGCACGUCUCGACAGUGCAUCUGGCGCUGAUGGUACAAGCUCAUCCGAGUCAUUCGAGGCCUUGUCCAGAAAGCCAACCAACAAGCCCAGCGUGUCCCCGUUCUUGUCUUCUUCAGUACCCAAGGGAGGCCCCGAUCCUGCUUUCCUGAAGAGGUCCAAGACCGGCGGCGACUUGAGCAACAUCACUGGGCCUCUUGACGUGAAGCCCAUUCAAAAGCCAUCUGGCCCGCGUGCUCCCCGCCCCUCCAAGGCAAUCUCGCCAACUCCGCCAGCGUCCGAUCCAGAGGAGCCCCCUACGCCAUCAUCAAUGAGCUCGCUGCGUAGAAAGCUGAGCUUGUCGUGGAAGCGUGGGAAGAACGACUCAAAAUCUGCACAGGACAAGACCUUGGAGCGCAGCCUUAGUAAGGAACAGAUGCCUCCGCCACGCUUGCCCAUCUCCGCCACGGUCUCGAACCUAAGUUCGGCAAAGAACAGUCCAAGCCCGUCAGUCAAGGUUAACACAUCUUACUUGGAUUCAAGAAGGAGGAAGAGCUCAGCGGCAAGCUUGGGCCACGAUAGGACUAAGAGUGAGAAUUGGACCUCGGCUUCCGUUCCUAAGGCUCACCCCGAAUCAUCUCACCCUCAUAACCCUUCUGUCAUGCAAAAGAUUCUUCGCCCGAAGGCGUCAGCGACGGCGAUUCGCCACCAGGACCCGUGGACCGCAGAUCUCGACAAGGACGACCUCGUUGCCGAGGAGGAGAUGAAGAAGAUGGGCGCAAGAAGAAAGGAGACCGAGAUCGCGGCUCGAACUCUUGACGCCCUGAGGAAACGCGCAACGCCAAAGGAGCGAGUCGGUGCCCAGGAAGCCAUCCGGAUCGCGAUGCUCAACAUUUACGAGCGCGGCGAAAUCGUUGAUUACAACGACAUUUACUUUUGCGGAACGCAGAACGCUCGCAAGGUGGUUGGUGAUCUCCAGUCGGACGCGCCCAACUUCGGCUACGACGACGAGCGUGGAGACUACACCAUCGUGCCUGGCGACCACCUCGCCUACCGCUAUGAGAUUAUCGAUGUGCUUGGAAAGGGAAGUUUUGGCCAGGUCGUCCGGUGCAUUGAUCACAAGACAGGCGUGCUUGUUGCCGUCAAGAUCAUUCGCAACAAGAAGAGAUUCCACCAGCAAGCUCUUGUCGAAGUCAACAUCCUGCAAAAGCUUCGCGAAUGGGAUCCUAAGAACAGGCACAGCAUGGUCAACUUCACCCACAGCUUCUACUUCAGAGGACAUCUCUGCAUAUCUACCGAGCUUCUGGAUAUGAACCUUUACGAGUUCAUUAAGGCGAAUGCGUUCCGCGGAUUUUCUUUGAAGCUAAUUCGCAGGUUCACCAAGCAGAUGCUCAGCUCACUGAAUCUUCUCAAGCAGCACAAGGUCAUUCACUGCGAUCUCAAGCCAGAAAACAUUCUGUUGCGUCAUCCUCUGCACUCAGAGAUCAAGGUCAUCGAUUUUGGUUCCAGCUGUUUCGAGAACGAGAAGGUGUACACCUACAUUCAGUCGCGUUUCUACCGGUCCCCCGAGGUCAUCUUGGGCAUGACAUAUGGCAUGCCCAUCGACAUGUGGAGUUUGGGAUGUAUCCUGGCCGAGCUGUACACCGGAGUGCCCAUUUUCCCUGGUGAGAAUGAGCAGGAACAGCUCGCUUGUAUCAUGGAGGUGUUUGGUCCGCCAGAGAAGCACCUGAUUGAGAAGAGCACGCGCAAGAAGCUGUUUUUCGAUUCCAUGGGCAAGCCACGUCUCACGGUGUCCUCCAAGGGACGAAGACGUCGUCCUUCUUCCAAGACCCUCCAGCAGGUUCUUAAGUGUGACGACGAGGCAUUCCUCGACUUCCUCGCAAGAUGUCUACGAUGGGAUCCGGACAGACGUCUGAAGCCGGAGGAGGCCAUUCACCACGAGUUCAUCAGUGGCAAGAAGAUGAGCGCCCCUCUCCCGCGCAUCCCCACGACCCGCGAGGCGUCUCCGGCGAAGCGUCACACUACGGCUGCGGCACCGCGCCCACUCCCCGAACCCCCCGCCGCAGGUUUCAAGAGCAACCCUGGAUCGAGGCACGUUAGCGGGGCAAGCCCUCACAAGCCCGUCUCGGGGCCGCCGACCUCGCGCAGACCCUCGGUCGCAACCGCCGGAACCGUCCAUGUUGCCACGGCCAAGCGCACCAGCACGGGGACAGGCGGUAUCACCGUCGGAACCAGCAACCUCCCUCGCGCGGCGAUGAGGAGUGUGAGCGCCAAACAGGACCUUGCAUCUGCCGGAGCGACCGCGGCCAUGAGUCGGCGACAAGUGUAG